AUGGCCAAGAUUGUGUCUGGACAGAUUGCGUUGACGUUGUGGCAGUUGGGCAAAACAGGCACUCAAUUACCAACGCAAGUAUUGCUGCAAACCUGUUGUGACACCGACUACACCCACACCAACAACGCCCACAACAUCACCAACAACGAUAACCCCACCGAGUACGGCACCCAGCACAAAGAACCAUGGUUCAUCAACCAUGUCAAGCUCAACUAUCCCCAAGUCAACGCCAAUACCAACAACCACUAG